CUUGGUGCCCAGGGCGUCCCGGGGGCGGUCCGCCCCGGCGAUGGCACAUAAAACCGCUGGCCACCUGCCGGGCCGCUCCUCCGUGCGCUGCGGUCCGGGGCCCGCCGUGCCGCUGCGGCCCGCGUCCGCGGAGUCGCUGCCUCCGUCACCUCCGUCCCCGCCUCGGUCCCUCCACAGGCGCGGAGCCCCGCGAGCACCGCACGGGCGCCGGGGCGCGCAGACAUGGGCAGCCGCUCUAGAGCGCGCCGGGCGGCCGCGACGCUGGGCUUCGCCGGGCUGCUGUGCGCCGUGCUGGGCGUUAUCAUGAUCGUGAUGGUGCCCUCGAUAAUCAAGCAGCAGGUCCUCAAGAAUGUGCGCAUCGACCCCAGCAGCCUGUCCUUCAACAUGUGGAAGGAGAUCCCCGUCCCCUUCUACCUCUCUGUCUACUUUUUUGAUGUCAUCAACCCCAAGGAGAUCCUCCAAGGCCAGAAGCCGCAGGUGCGGGAGCGUGGACCCUAUGUGUACAGGGAGUUCAGACACAAGAGCAACAUCACCUUCAACGACAAUGACACGGUGUCCUUCCUCGAGUACCGCAGCUUCCAGUUCCAGCCUGACAAGUCCCGCGGCCUGGAGAGCGACAAUAUCGUCAUGCCUAACAUCCUGGUCUUGAGUGCAGCAAUGAUGAUGGAGAAUGGGCCCAUGAGCCUGAAGCUGAUCAUGACCUUGGCAUUCAGCACCCUUGGUGAACGUGCCUUCAUGAACCGCACUGUCAGUGAGAUCAUGUGGGGCUACGAGGAUCCCCUCAUCCACCUCAUCAAUAAGUACUUCCCAAACAUGUUCCCCUUCAAGGGCAAGUUCGGGUUAUUUGCUGAGCUCAACAACUCUGAUUCCGGGCUCUUCACGGUGUUCACGGGGGUCAAAAACUUCAGCAGGAUCCAUCUCGUGGACAAGUGGAACGGGGUCAGCAAGGUCAACUUCUGGCAUUCCGAUCAGUGCAACAUGAUUAAUGGGACUUCCGGGCAGAUGUGGGCACCAUUUAUGACUCCUGAAUCCUCGCUGGAAUUCUACAGCCCCGAGGCCUGCCGGUCCAUGAAGCUCAUCUACAAGGAGCAGGGGGUGUUCGAAGGCAUCCCCACCUUUCGCUUCGUGGCUCCGAACACCUUAUUUGCCAACGGGUCCGUCUACCCGCCCAAUGAGGGCUUUUGCCCCUGCCGGGAGUCGGGAAUUCAGAAUGUCAGCACCUGCAGGUUCAACGCACCCUUAUUUCUCUCCCAUCCUCACUUCUACAACGCUGACCCAGUCCUGGCAGAGGCAGUGUCUGGCCUCCACCCUAACCCAGAAGAGCAUUCCUUGUUCCUGGACGUCCACCCGGUCACUGGAAUCCCCAUGAACUGCUCUGUGAAACUGCAGCUGAGCCUCUACAUUAAGUCUGUGAAAGGCAUCGGACAAACUGGGAAGAUCGAGCCGGUGAUUCUGCCACUGAUGUGGUUUGGAGAGAGCGGGGCAAUGGAGGGUGAGACCCUUCAGACGUUCUACACCCAGCUGGUGUUGAUGCCCAAGGUGCUGCAUUACGCCCAGUACGUGCUCCUUGCCCUGGGCUGCGUCCUGCUGCUCAUCCCCAUCGUCUACCAAAUCCGGAGCCAAGGUCCCAAGGAUGCCGCCAGCCAGCCCAGCCUGGCUACUCAGCCAGACCAGCUCACCAGCCCCUACACCCCGCUUCUUCAGGACUCUCUCAGCGGACAGCCCACUAAUCCCAAAGUCUGAGCCACCCCCUGCUACCACAUGCCUGUUGCACACUGCACACACCCCCAGCACGUGUCCACGUGUGUGCACAGGUGUGUGCAGACACUCAGGGAUGGAGCCGCUGCUGAGGGGACUUGGGGAGAGGCUCGUCAACAAGGACUGUUCCGGAACCUUCUCUCCAAGUGAUCCACAGGCCCGACCACAGGUGUUGUGGGCACGGGGUCCCCUCCCUUGGGUGAGCAAGCCUGGGCUCUUAAGGACUCAGGUCACCUCUCCCCAGCGGUCUUCUCAAUCAGUCUUGAAACACUGCAGCCCCCACCUGGUGGUUCGCCCAGGCAGGACACGGCCUUUACUCCGAGGGGCUGGCCACUGUCCCGAAACCUAGCCCAGGAGUGCAGACUGCUUGUGCCCAAGCCAGGUGGGCCGUGGGCCGUGGCUCAGCGCCCAGCCCGGACCCAGAGCUGUGGCCACUGGACACCCAUCUGGGCCUCAAAACGGAGAUGCCUCCGACCGCAGCCUUAACUCCCUGCAGGAUCGUGAUCUCCCUGAAGUCUACACAGGCGCCGGAUUUGGGUGUCUGCGCCCCUUCCCUGCAGCCUGAACUGACAUCCUCAUGUAUGCUGAGCCGGCCACUCCCUGGCCAGGGUGGCGGGAGCCUGUGCCCCGAGCCGCCCCCAACCAGGGUCCUCAGCUCUUCGGUGCCAGGGAGGAGGUGGAGAGGCCCCGGGUCCAUCAGCCUGGGUGUCUGGUCGGGUGACCCGUCUGCCCGGGGCUUCUGAUCUCUGGGGCAAACCUCUGUCUCUUUUCUACUGGAAGAGAAAUGAAUUUUAUCAUCUUUUAAAAAUAAUUCACAGUUGAAAUAA